AGAUCUUCUCUCUGGACGGGGAAUGGAAGCUGCUGAACUCGAACUCGUCUGUUUCUGUCAGCGCCGAGGUCCCGGGCUGUGUUCACACUGCUCUUCAUCUCGGAUCCAUAUUACAGGUUUAAUGACCUGAACUACAGAUGGAUUUCACUGGACAACUGGACCUACACUACAUCAUUCUCAGUGCCUGCUCAUGUGAGGUUCGCCGGUUGAAAUCUCACCUGUCUGUGGUCAUCUGGAGCGGGAACAACGAGAAUGAAGCUGCCAUGGCAGCUGACUGGUUCAACAUCUCUGCUGCCGAGCGGCCGCUGUACGUGAGAGAUUACGUCAGUCUGUACGUGGAGAACAUCAGAGACCUCGUGCUGCAGGAGGACGGCACGCGUCCGUUUCUAGUGUCCAGCCCAACCAAUGGGGUCGAGUCAGAGAAGGAAGGCUGGGUGGCUCAUGACCCCUAUGACCCCCACUAUGGCGACACGCACUACUAUAGCUAUUACAACGAUUGCUGGAACUGGACUGCUUUCCCACGCACGCGCUUCGCCUCUGAGUACGGCUUCCAGUCCUGGCCUUCGUUUUCCACCCUCCGUAAGGUCUCAGUGUCUUCAGACUGGGAUUUCAGCAGUAAUUUCUCGUCUCAUCGGCAGCAUCAUGAAGAUGGGAAUCAGCAGAUGCUGAAGCAAGCAGAACUACAUUACAUCCUCCCCAACCGCUCCGACCCGGUGCAGAGAUACAGAGACACUCUUUACAUCACUCAGGUGAUGCAGGCGCAGUGUGUGAAGAUUCAAACAGAGUUCUACCGCCGCAGCCGCAGUGACAUCGUCGAGGGCAAAGGUCAUACAAUGGGCACUCUUUACUGGCAGCUCAAUGACAUCUGGCAGGGGCCAUCCUGGUCCUCUGUAGAGUUUGGUGGUAAAUGGAAGAUGCUGCACUACUGGGCUGCAGAUUUUUUCGCUCCCGUCCUCUCGGCGGCGGUCGAGGAUGAGGGAGACCUGCUGAUUUACGCCGUCUCUGACACACACUCUGAGCAGCACAAGGUCAAAGCCACGGUGAAGUUCUUCAGCUGGAGCAGCUUUGAUGCCGUUUGCUCUCUAGAGUCUAAUGUGACUGCAGUAAAAGCAGGAGGAAGCACGCUUGUGUUUCAGCAUCCCAUAUCCGCUCUCCUGGAGCAAUGUGGGAGCUGCACUCGGCGCUCCUGCGUCGUCACCUUUCACCUCAGUAGCCCAGAAGGUCAAAUGAUCAGCCCUCUCAAUCACAUCUUCCUCAGCUCUCCACGACACGCGGAAGGUUUGCAGAAACCCGGCAUCACGUUCACUGUAAAGGAUGCUGGGAUUGUUCAGAGUUUUGUCGUGACUCUGCACUGCUCCUUUCCCGCCGUGUACGUUUGGCUGGAUGUUGAUGAUAUUCCCGGUCACUUUAAUGUCAAUGGCUUCCUGAUGCUGUCUAACACAUCCACAGUUACUUUUGGAGCAUGGAGACCCACCACUGCCGAAGAAAUCACUGCAAAUCUCCACCUCACGUCUCUCAGAGACGUCUACUGAUCAUGAUGCUUCAGCUGUCUGACCCACGGCUUCUUUAAAGGAUUGGUUCACCCACAAAUGAAAAUAAUGUCAUUAAUUACUCACCCUCAUGUCGUUCCACAACCGUAAGACCUUCGUUCAUCUUCAGAACACAAAUUAAGAUAUUUUUGAUGAAAUCCAAUGGCUCAGUGAG